UUACCGCGGCGGCGGUAAAUACGCGUUGAAAAUAGUUAAAGCGAAUUUUUUAACAGUUGGCCGACCAAGACUAAUUAUUAAUGACAUAGACGAUUGUGUUAGGUAGGUCAAGGUAGUUACGUCUUGAAGGGGACGUUUCUGACGCUUAUUGUACAAGAUGACGGUUUCGACGCGGACGUUUGUGGGGUUUCUUGCCCUGAUUGCGGCAAUCUUUGCUGUGAAAGGUAAGUGAAUUUGAAGGAAUGGGAUCUUUCUGUAAUCUUAUUUGGGGUUUUUUUUGGUUGAUGUCGAUAACACCUUAAUUAUUUGCACGGCUCUUGUUCGGGUCUUUCCUGUUUGAUACAUUCUGGCCAGUUUUUGUAGCUGUAUCGUCGAAAUUUUGGACGUUUAGAUUAGUUUGUGAGAACAAUCUGUUCAUAAUCUUACUCAUUUCAGGAUAACAAGAUAUUCAUCAAACUUGAAAUCAUUCUUGAAGGCGGCCAAUAGGCUUGCCUGGUUACGAUUCCUGUCCUUGGUAUCCAUUGUUUCAGAAAUCAGAAAAACUGAUGCUUUUGAGUCAGAACGCAUUUGCUUUUAAGCCAUAAGCAUUUGAGACAUGUUCAGUAACCGAUUUCCGAAUGAGAAGAGAACGUGCGUUUUUUCCGAUCAUUUGAUGAUACUUCCCCCUAACAUCGCCAGACCUGAUUUGUAUUUCAUUUUCCACCGAAGGCCAUGAAAAUCCAUUUACCCGAAGAAGAUUUCAGUUUCUCCAUCACUGUUGGAUUAUAUUUCAUUAGAAAUUUGCAUUUCUUGUUGAGUCAAUUUCAGUCAAUAGAAUGUCAACCGAGGAACAAAACUUUGACAAGCUAUCAUAAUGCUGGAAAAGUGUUGUUGCACAUUGUACGGUUUCGUACAUCAUUUUUUUUUGCCCACAUUUUUUUUGUUUUAUAUCCGGAUCAUUGUUAAGUGGAAUCACUGAGAGAUACUUGAAAAUUCAACAACCAAAGUUUAAAUUUCAUCAGUACUCGAGAGGUUUAAGAAGUUUUGAAUAAUCUUCACGUUUUCUAAGAGGAUUUGUCGGUGGUUAUGUAUUUUUGAGGAAAACCUGAUUGAUCAUAAAUUGGAAAUGUUAAACACGCAUUCAUAGAAUGUUUUACUUCUGGGACUGCAUGGCGAUGAUUUCAAAUCCAACUCGACUUAAGCAAAAACAAUCGUAUUUUGAAAAAUAUUUUAAAUAAUAAUGAGAAACGCUUCUAAUUAACACAUUUCAUCAGUAAACAACAAUCCAACACACGCCGCAGGGCUUACUGGUACAGAAUCCCAUCGAUAUGUAUUUGAAUCGCUAAUAUCUUAGAAAUGAAGCUUAUCAUUCUAAAAUCUUUUAAAAACAGUGAGAUCAAAACUAGCCUCCGAGAGGGCCGUGUGGAUAUAAAGCUUUACAUGAACCGUCGCCAGCUGAACUCUGUGAUUUAUUCAAGAAAUACAUAACGAGGAAGAACGAAAGAAAAUUUUGUUCGUGUGAUAAACAAAAGGAUGAAAUUUUUGCGAGCAUAUUGUCUGCAAAUAAAUUGACAUCUAACAUAAUAUAUUUAUGGUAAGAAACCUUUUUGUGUUCUUGUAUUUACUUAUGAUGUCAGAUAAGCCAAAAUAUGUUUUGCUUUCCUUGUAUUACUCGACGGCAGAAGUCUCACGCACUACAAACAUUUCCUUAUGACGGGCUGAUUCUUUUCUUAGAAUUUUUCCCACUAAAUCUGAACGACGAGCGUAAAGUUGACUAUGAGAAGUCUAAUGGAUGCCGUUAGCAUAUACCCUUUGCCGACUGCAAAUCAAGUCUCAGGUCUGCACGGUCAAACCAUUUCUGUUACGAAACGGGGCGGGCGCAGGCGACACACAACGUAUCCGAAUAGAAAUGACGCGACAAAAUGCAGAGGUGGAUCUAAAGCAAACUAGGCAAGAUGUAUCUGUCACAUUAUAAUUAAGGAUACUGCUAUCAAUUCCUCGUCUAGAGGGUUUGUUGUUGAACACCCUUUGACUUUUAUAUGACUUCUUUUCAAAUUAUUUGGAUAAAGUAAGGACGUAUGUUCAUGAAGAAGAUUUUAAUUUGAGCCCAAAGCUUUCGUUUUCGUCGCCAAAUGCUGUGCAAAGUACUUAUAAGGGGUUCGCCACUUAAAAUGGCUGUUAACUAAGCUCCGCCUCGAAAGAGUAACCUAUACGUACAGUCAUGUUUUUGCGGCGGCAAUUUUCGCAUUUCUUACAGGAAUAAAUGGGAGCUGGAAUAUGUCUUUGAUGGAAAACGGGGAGGCCAAGCUGAGAGAGAAAUUAUUCAAGACUGGUUACAAUCCUGAGUUACGCCCCGUUCUGAACAGAAGCAGUAAAGUCACAGUAAAGCUUGGUGUCUCUUUACAUCAGAUCAUUGAUGUGGUAAAUGAUCUUUAUUACUCUAAGUUUGAAGAAGCUUAUGAAUAUGCUAUAUGGUUUUCGCAGUUAUAUCAUCAGUUCUUUUUUUCCAUUGUUUAAGCGGCCUCUCACCACCCCAGGAGAGUGGUGCUUAUGCCUUAGCCUCAUCAAGAGAAAUACUGAAUAAAUUCGCAGAUGAAAACUUGCAAAAUGAUUUGGUAAUUCUCCCUAAGGGCCAACUAGGGGCUAACGCAUGAAAAUUCAGCUUUAAAAACUGUUUACGGUGGCCAAUUUACAUUAUCAACGCAGUUGAUAAAACCAAAUGAUCUUGUGGUAUCCCCUGCCGAUACAUCAACAAGUAACCCCUUUAUUCAGAUGAAAACUUUAACUCUUCUUUUUUCAUUCUUGCAGGACGAAAAGAAUCAGCUAAUGCAAGUCAGUCUCUGGAUACGUCAGGUUCGAUACAUGCAAGAGAUAAAUCUCUCAGUUCUAUUUUGUUUCUUCAGUCUCCUCAGUUCAUGUUUCUUCUUGAUACUUUGUCAUGGUUAUGUUUAUAUUGUUUAUAUGCUACACCAAUUGAUGAAUUUGUUUCUUAGACCUGGUUCAAUCCAUUCUUGACGUGGAAUUCUUCACAUUUUGAGGGCGUCAACCAAAUCAAUAUCAACGCAAACAAAGUUUGGAUACCAGAUAUUUAUCUCUAUAAUAAGUACGAGAGUCUAUUUCGUAUUUGUUUUCAUGUUAAUAUUAUAUCUUUUUUGGAAGGUGUACGUUGUUGCGUAGUGAUGUCGUAGUUUUAUUUACUUAUUUUCUAAGUUUUUUUGUUUUAUUCCUUUUGGAGGAACGAAUCAAAAGUACAGUUUAAGAGCCGCCUACAAUAUAUUUUCACUAUUGAUGGAGCCAUAUACACAUUCUUUACUCCUUAAAGUUUAGAAGGUCUACACUCCAACAUGAUACAGUAUGGAUGUCACUUCUCGAGGACAUUCCGAUUGUCUGUUAAAAAAACAAAACCGCAAAUUACGGCAAAUGUAAUACCACAAAUAAGCAAUAAGAAUUCAAAGUGAAAAACGAAUGGGCAAGUCAUAAAUGGUUGUAGUUUUGCAUCUGGCUGGCAAGACCAAUCACAGAUUUGAAUUGCUCUGAACAUGAAAAAACGGGUUGUAGGAGGAUCAGUUUGUAUCAAUUAAAUCCCUUUAUUAAACCUCGAAUGCAACAACAACAACAAAUAUAGAAAACAGAACGAGUGGACAAGGAUUCAUUUAAAAAUAUGUCUACUUUUCAGUGCCGAUGCUAAUAAAGAUGGAGCACUGGACCGAUUCAAAACUAAAAUAGUACUCAGUUCUAACGGACGAAACAUGUGGCUCGGCCCAGUUCUCUACACCUUCUCUUGCAAGAUAAACGUGAACUUUUUCCCUUUUGACGAACAGGUAAGUGUUUCAGCGGUCUGUGACUAAAACGGAACUGUGUGUUACCUAUUAAAACAAUAAAGGUAGGUUUUCAUUUGAUAGGCUGGUGUGUACUAAAAAUGACUUUUUUGCAAAUUCUUAACUUUGAAAAAUUAUAUAUAGUUUUUUUGGUCGUAGAAUGCAAGUUUCUCUAGGUCUUUUCAAAUUAAAAAAUAUGGUUAACACAAUUUGUGUAGAAUAGGCUAUAACCAUAGUAAAACAAAGGAUAAACGGAGGAAUGAGUAAGUGCUCAGUUUCGUGAGUGCUGUGAAACUUUUCUAUUUCCUCUUCUCCUUCUUCAGCUCAAAAAAUUCCACGACCUUCGCUGAAAAACGGCAGGUUUCCUGUAUUCUUAGCCCAGAUUGUCCUCUAUCUUUUUUAGCUUGCAAAGAUUCACGAUUAUCAUUUACCUGAUCUCAGUUUUGAUUUCUUUUUAGUUCUGCUCGAUGAAGUUCGGUUCAUGGACGUACGAUGGUUACCGACUUGACAUUAAAAUGGAAUCAGAUGAGGGCGACACAAAGAAGUUUGUAACAAACGGUGAAUGGGACUUGAUUGGCCUUCCAGCGAAAAGGAAUGAAAUUGUUUAUGUAUGCUGUCCUGAGCCAUACCCGGAUGUGACGUACACAGUCCAUAUAAGGAGGCGCACCACUUAUUAUUUUGUGAACCUGAUAAUUCCGUGUGUGCUAAUAACAUGUAAGUUUCCUGACGUAAAACGGUUUAUAUCCACUGAUUGACUGUUUCGAUAAAAAAUAGGCGGUUUUUUCCAAAGAUUUAGCUCAAAGGAAUGACUUUUGCUGCGUGAGUUGAGGUAGGGCGACGUAAAACUAAGUGAUGGGUCACUUGCAUAUCAAACAGUGUGGUCCAUUGUCGUAACAGCUCUUUUGUUUUCUUCCUAAUUUGUAGCCCUGACACUGCUGUCGUUUUUCCUCCCCCCUGACUCCGGAGAACGCAUCACGUUGGUGAUUACCAACCUACUGGCCAUGACUGUGUUCAUGUUGAUUGUGGCAGAGAUCAUGCCGGCUACUUCUGAAGUUAUUCCACUGAUAAGCAUAUAUUACACUGGAAUCAUGUUUGAGGUGAGCAGAUGGUAACAUGAAGGUAGUGCCCUUAAAUAAAUUCAUCAAUUCCUCUUUACCUCCAUGUAAGUGCAAGUUCCAUUACGCAUAUGCUGAGCGCAUAAUUAGGAUCAGGCUUGUUUGUUGUCACAGAGGAAGGCAACCUGCAGUCGGCAUUUUAUUGUGCAUGCAAAACAGCAGACCCAGACGACGUUAAUUGAAAAAUUCGCUCUCUAAGCGUUAUUCACAAAAAAAAGCUCUGUUUUUUAGAACUAAUGUCACCAUGCAUCUAGUGAAUAUUUGACAUGACCUUCAAAAAAUUAACCAAAACUCAGUGGCAUUGGAACACUUGCUGAUGGACAUGCCGGCUAUGUAACACUCCUACUGACAUCUCUCUCGCCUAAUUUGACUCAUUUCCAAACUUCAAUCAAGCUCAUCUCAUUCAAAAACGUCACAGCUUUUUUUUUUCUAUAUUUUGAUUUUUCUGGGGCACUGUUUUCAAUGUAAUAACUCUAUUAAAUCUUAUUUCCUGCAUGCCUGACCAUGUAUUAUGGUUAUUUCUAGAAGAAUAUAAAUUCUGAUUACUUUAGGUAGUAAAAUGGGCCACAAUUGAUGUAACUUGUACAUUUUCUGCAGGUCGCGCUCUCUUUGGUUGCGACAUGUCUGGUGCUUAAGUGUUACUACAACAAUCCCUCAGUGGUGGAGAUGCCCAUGUGGGUAAGAACUAUCGUGCUGAACUGGAUGGCCAAAAUUUUUCACGUCAAAAUUCCAGCAGGCUUGAUAAACGUAAUCGAAAAACACGUGCAAGAACAAGAAGCAGCCCAGGAAGAGAUUGACAUAGAGAGGCGGAGUUCCACUAUGCCACCGACAGUCGCGCAACGUGAAAGAUGUUUCACGUCUAUCGGAGAAUUCUACUCAAAAUCCAGAGGAAGCCUGCAAACUGCUGGCCGAAACCGCUGCAGGACGUUCUCUUCAGAAAGAGAUUCAAGCGUAGAUGGGGAAACCACACAAACUACUGCAGGUCCCAAGCCUUUGUACUUUCCUUUCAUCAGCAGUCUUCGCUCCAUUAACGAAGAUCGACCAUCUGCCCCAAAUAUUCAAUUGUCUUUGGAUGCGACCAUGAGAGAAUUGCUUCUGAAACAAGAUAGUUUAUUGAAGAACGUCCGAAGGCUGGUGCACGUGAUGAGAGAAAAAGAGGAAAGUGAAAUUAAGAGAGAGGAAUGGAAACUGGUGGCCUCUGUCAUCGAUGCUUGUUUCUUUUGGGUUUUCAUGGCCGUUUUAUUAGUUUCUAGCCUCGUUAUUUUUCUGCAGGCUCCAAAGUAUUGAUAAUAAUCGACUUAUUAACCCAAAUAUUGCGUACGGUUGACGUAGGUGUUCAAAAAAGCAUAUUACUGGGACUUUCUGUGGAGUUUGAUGAAAGAAAUGAACAUUUCCGUGUAAACGAAGUUUGUUGUUUCUUUCUGAUCCGUUUUCAAUGUAUUUUCCAUCUUAAUUAUUUAAUAUCAACUGUUAUACACAACUGAUGCAUUAAUUCAAAUAGUUAAUCGAGAGGUGGGGACUUCAGCUAGUGUAAGUGCUCAACCUAUGACUGUACUUUCAAAGAAAACCUACAUAUUCGUAAUAAAAAUUAUUUGUUGGAUCGUGUAACUCACAACAAACAGCGAAAUUAAUUCCAAACGAUGUAUGCAUUCCUAGACCAAUGCCGCCGUCCUUUUUAUAGCACCGCAAGAAAGUCGAAUAAACAAAAACAAAUUGUAAGUAACCUCCCUUCAACGAUUUUUGCAGGGCUUCAGUGUCAAACCCCAAUUAUUCUCUUUUAUUCCCAUUUCUCUAAACCCUGUUGCUUCAUUCUAGGAAAAAAUCCUUGCUCUUCUCCGUAACUCUCUCUCUAAGCACUGUUGUCCUUCCACUCCAGGCUUCAACCUGAGUUGACCGCAAAGUUUUCUUUAUCUUUUUUAAGAGGCAGUUCUUUCUCGCCGAUGUCAAGGGAAGGCAUGCAGCGGUACAGAUAAAGGAUCUGCAUAAUUAUCAAAUCUUAAUAAACCUGGAGUGCGUGCUCUUAUUGUUAUUUUUUUUACGCUUUCGAUGGUCUGAUAAAGAGCAGCUGUAUGACCCCACUCUUUUGGUCACCUGUGCGCUAUUUACAGUGUAGCGGAGAGAUAUGAACAAAUAUGCCCCUUUAACCAGAUUCCUGUGCUUUGGUUUGGCUUACUGACACGAUUUAACGGUUAUUACACAGGAGUGCAUGCACUAACUGGCUAACAAAAAUGACGAGAAGACACGGAAUCUUCUCUGGGCUUCUUUUGAAUCUCUUGUAUUUGACUGUCGUAACAUCUUCAAGUGUGGGUGAGUAGAAUAACAAAAUUUGUGUGAGGAAAACCUUAGGCCAUAAUAUGUCUUUUCUGAUUCGAUUGUAUGGGAGAAAGUACGCAGUAAAUGUAACAAUUCAACCCUUUUCACAUACUUUUCUUUAAGCGUUCAAUACCGAUUUCUUGAUAUUCAAUUAAUGUCAGCAAUUUGGAAUAUUGGGCAGUGUGACUAGAAAGACCUUAUAAUUAGAGAAUGGAUUUCCGUGAGACAACUGAACGAGUCAAUGUAAACCCGCUAGCUGUUUCACUGAACUUGUCAAUUUGACCAAAUGUUCUAUUCCCAUGAAGGAGAUAUCUGAAUCGAAUCUGUUUUCCUUGGUUGGAGAAAUGUUCCGUCAAUAUCACAAUACCAUGUACUGCAACAGAUUUGGUACAUUAGCGGUGUGGUGUACAGUGAAACUCUGCCAAGGGCGGGCGAAGUGUUUCCAACAUGUCGCAAGAUCAGAUGGAACAAACUAGAAUUGGAAAUAAUCCUCUAUCUCCUAAGGAUAUAAUCCUCUUGGAAUGGAAUGACUCAUAUUUGUGGCUGGGGCACCGUAAAAAUCGAAAGAUAACCAUGUUAACUGUAGAAGCCUUUAACUUAAGCACCAAAACUCCAAUUUUUUUCCGAUGAAAAUCAUGCGCUAAACCGACUUCGACGAUAUCAAAAUUUCCGAGUAUUUCUGGCUAUAAACUAAGAUGCAAUGAACCUUUUAUAGUCUACGUACAGUUUGGUGUCCAUCAUUACUCACGUUCCAUUAAUUCAAAUCUGUCAGAUCGUUUCAGACCGUUCAAUCUAAUCAUAUCAGUUAAUCUUCAUCACAUUCUCCCUCGCAUUGCGCUCAGAUUAGCAUCAAAUUUGUGUUUGACGGUAAAAGCUUGUCUUUUUCGGCAUAUGCUGACAGGAGCCUGGUUUUCGAAGUCGGGAUAAUACAUUUCUAACGUUUAUCGUGUAAAUAGUCCAUGAAAAGCACGAUAAUGGCUCCAUAUGAGGUCGACAUGCCACAAUCUAUAACAAGCUUUUCUUUUUGGACAAGAAAGUGAAAUAAUCGAAUUUUCUCCUAGAGGGUGUCAGGUUUGGAGGCUUUGCAGGCCACAGUGGCACAACCGUAACCAAACCCCUUUAGUCCCCUUCCCCUCGAACAUGGCUCAGUAAGAUGGACAUCUACUAGAUCGGCAAUUUUGAUUCCCUUUUAGAGCAAUACCCCCCCUCCCCCCUUGUGGAAAACAACGCCAUAAUUUACUGCAUCAUCGGAGAGAGAGAUAGAUGUGAUCGGUGGAAUUGUGGCAAAAUUAUAAACAAAAAAACUUGAAAUUUAAUGUUUUUUUUGUCUUGAGCAUAUCUGAAAUUAAUAUUUUAGAAAUCAGUUUCUCGCAAUAGUCAUUAACUAUCCUUGCGAAUUUUUUGUUCAUCCAUAUCUUCCAAGGUUUCUAAUAUAGCGGUGCUAACAUUGGUCACCCAGGAUCACAUACGGCAGUAUUAAGUCAUUCAGGCAAUCAAGCCCAUUGACUCGUUUCAGUUUGAGAGUCUGGCAAGAAAAAUUCAUGAGCGUGCAGAUGUGAGAUUUUAUCUGCACGCAUUUUGUGAACGUAAUCCGUUAACAUGCCAGGGAGUUAUUACGUGAUGUAUUUAAAUUCAAUAAAGAAAGGACUGAAAGAUACCGACUGACGUCUCGCUUGAUUUCAAGAGAUAAAAUUUGAUGUGAUUUAGUGACCUUUGUGAGCCCAGACGGCGUGACCUGCGUGCGAGAAACUGAACUAUUGUAACAGAUGUUUCAUUUCAUAUCUUUUCCUUUUCAGUUUCAGCUGCCUUUUUUAUUAUAAUAGAUUAGCUUGCCCCGUUGAAAAUAUUGUUGGGUCGCAAUGACAGGGGAAAUUAACUGUAGAUCGCAACACACCUUUACGAAAGCACCAAGGUCCCUCGAACUUUAUUUUUAAGUCUUCCUCAAUCUGGUCCAAUCUCUCGGUUCUCUAAGAAAAUGCUACUUACUUCAAAUUCACUUUACCCUCAUUCUUUAGCCACACCGGUUCUGAGUGACUAAUCGAUUACUAUCUCUCGGAUUCUCACUCACUAAGUACUGGUAUAACUCUAAAGAACAUGCUUUUCUAUUCAUUAACGGCAGGCCUGAGUAGACAUGUUAGGCUUUUGACCUCGGAAGAUCAAACGUCUGUUGUCAGAACACUAAACCAAACAUUUCUGCGAGAAUCUCACAAAUGAACAACAAUGUAUUUAGUGCUUGCAAUCAACCGAAUCAAUAUUUGAGUGCGUAAGCCAAAAUCCAGAACACACCCUCUUUGCGCAGAGUGGUAAUGAAUACUACCUACAAGUAGUUUGUCUCUUCUCACAUGCAACUUGUUGUGCAUUAUUUUACUUUCUACAGAUGUCGAUGUUAAGCAGAAUAACUCAGAUAACGAGGAAGGAAGGUUAUGGCGGAAACUAUUCCUCUCGAACUACAAUCCUGAGCUCCGACCUGUUCUGAAUAUGAGUGAAAAAGUCACCGUUGAACUUGGAGUGUCCUUACAUCAAAUCAUUAAAGUGGUACGACUUAGAGUAACUUUGAUUGAUUGUCGAAAGUGAUCCGAGAUUGCAUUGGUUUUGCUUUACUCCGCUCUGUGAUUGGUCCAGAAAACUUGCGCCACUCUCUCACUCGUCAGAUGCAGAACUAAAAUGAUUACGACUUGGUUUCCCGCUUUUUCUUAGGAAGUUUUGUUGUUUUUGAGUUCUCAUUGGCCCUUUAAGGUAUUCCUUCUCUUCUGAUUGGCCGUUGUGGUUCCGUUUGUGUUGGUUUUACGACUACUCAAUGGAAAAGCGCUUAAUUAUGAAAUGGCCGAAUAAUAAUAUACAGGAGGUCUGACUGGCUACUCAUCUAUUGUGGAAGUUUGGGGGAAGGCUUAAGAGAUUUAAAAAAGUUGAAUCCAAUUAAAUCAUUAUUAAGCACCUAAAAAAUAAAACCAAAAUUAGUUCUCCUUGUAGGUGAAACAUAGACUGUAUUUACCCCCUGAUUUUCUUUGCCUUUUGACAAACGUCGAACGGGAUUCUCUUUUAAAGUUGCGUUGAAAUAUCGCAAUUACACUAAGGUUUUAUUUUGAUGAUUCAAGGACGAGAAAAAUCAGUUGCUGCAAGUGAGCCUGUGGAUUCGUCAGGUAAUUUUUAAAUCUCUUUUCCAAAGUAGUCUUGCAACGAUUAAGAUAGUUUGAACAACAGUGGUGUGUUGCUGCUCAGUUUACGUGACAGUUGCUUCGGAAUUCCCUAACCAGGUCCGAAUUACCGUAUUAUAUAAUUGAUAAGUGGGUCAUAGGAACUGUGACCAGAAUCCAAAAUAGCUCUGCAACUCAGUGAAAAUGGGAAAUCUUAAUCACACAACUCUUCCUUUAAAUAAACUUGUGCUCGUUUUAUGCUGACCUUGCGCAUUUUUGUCCACAAGUUCUGAUUUCAAACCUUUUGGUUUUUGUCCUUUCAUCUAGUCUUGGUUCAAUCCAUUCUUAACUUGGAACAAAUCAGAUUAUGAAGGAAUGGAUCAGAUGAACAUAAAGGCAAAUAAAGUGUGGAUACCAGAUAUCUAUCUAUACAACAAGUAUGAAUGCCAAUUACUUUUGAGGUAAUGAUAAUGUUUACUGACGCGCCGAGUGUAUUUCAGACCUAUAUUUUUUCCCUUCCAGUGCCGAUGCAAGCCAAGAUGGGGCCCUUGACCGAUUCAAAACUAAAAUAGUACUCACCUCUAACGGUCGCAACAUGUGGCUUAGCCCAGUUAUCUACACGUUCUCCUGCAAGAUAAACGUCAACUUUUUCCCUUUUGACGAGCAGGUUAGUUUUUAACUCAUUUUCUGUGACUAAAACAGAAUGAAACGAACCUCUGUGUCUGGUUUACGACAAAGGAAAAGUUACCAGAUCUGGCUUAUACACAGGAAAAGCCGGCUAAAAGUUUAAGUGAUGAGUAAGACUACAAUUACUAAUUUCAGAGGAAAUAAACAAGACCUCGUUUUUACAUGAUUUGUUUGGUUUAUGAAGUGAAACGAAUUUCCUUGACCAAUCAAAAAGCGUUGUAAAGUGAAAUCAACACAAUCUUGGUUUAGUUGAAGACAAUCAGUUAACACCCUGAUGACGGCGUCGAUUUAGAAUUCUAUUUACUUUAAUAAUUUAGCUCUGUUCAAUGAAGUUUGGCUCAUGGACUUUCGACGGUUACCGGGUUGACAUCGUAAAAGAGGCAGACGAAGGUGACACUAAAAAGUACGUUUCUAGUGGAGAAUGGGACCUAAUUGGUAUACCUGCGCAAAGAAAUGAAAUUUUCUACGCGUGCUGUCCUCAGCCUUACCCGGAUGUGACGUAUACAAUCCAUAUAAGGAGACGAACCAUAUACUAUUACGUCAACAUGAUCGUACCGUGUGCGUUAAUAACAUGUAAGCCAACUAAUAUUGUAGUCUAGUUGGGGAUUAGUUGGAGACGAGGUGGCCUACUGGUUAGUGCACUGGACUUCGCAUCUCGAGGGUUAGGUCCGAGACCUGGUCUGGUCAUGUGUUGUGUUCAUGGGAAAAACACAUUACUCAGACAACGUCUCUCUCCUCCCAGGAGUAUAAAUGGGUACCAGGAAAUAGCCAGGGAAACCUGGUGAAAUGUUCGGGGGCAGCCUUGCGACGGACUAACAUUCCAUCUAGGAGGGAGUAUAGGGAGGCAAAAACUAGUAAACCCGGAAACAAACCCUUUUAGCAAAAAACGAGCUCCAAACUCGAAAUGCCCUCUGUAAUGGAUGUCUCUUUUCAGAGGCAAGGGAGCCGAUAUCAUUACAAAGUCAAAAAUAUAUCUCUUAUCACCACUUGGUUUUAUCAUUAAAAAUUUCCAGACUAGAUAUUAACCAAGAGACAUUUCAGCUUUUGAGUUAUUGUUUUCGUUUGUAUGUAGCCCUGACACUGCUGUCGUUUUUCCUCCCCCCUGACUCCGGCGAACGCAUCACGUUGGUGAUUACCAACCUACUGGCCAUGAUUGUGUUCAUGUUGAUUGUGGCGGAAAUCAUGCCGGCUACUUCUGAAGUAAUUCCACUGAUUAGCAUAUAUUACACUGGAAUCAUGUUUGAGGUGAGUAACUGGAUCACAUUCAUUUUUCAUCAGAAAGCGAAACCUUCUCUGCUCUCAUUCGAAAUUUAUUUUCAAUUGAGACAACAAAAGUUAACUGGAGCUACCUGACCCCGUCUGGUUGCGGAGAUGUAUUAGCAUAAUUUUUGAGUCGGAGUUUUUAGCUUAUUUGUACAUGGAGGAUGGAUUUUUCCAUUACAAAACAGUUCAACAGUUUUAACAAACCGCGCUCUCCAUUAUUUCCAUAGGUUGGUCUCUCUUUGGUAGCAACAUGCUUGGCCCUCAAAUGUCAUUACAACAAUCCGUCAGUGGCAGAGAUUCCCACAUGGGUAAGAACUAUUGUCCUGAACUGGCUGGCAAAAUUCUUUCGCGUCAAAAUUCCUCCAGGACUCGUGAAAGUCAUCAAGAAACAUUUCGAAGAAAAAGCUGAAGCACGGGAAGAGAUUGAGUUCGAGAGACGAAAUUCAGUUCUUCCACCCACGGGAAUAUGCAGAGGUAGCAUUUCACGUCGUACUUCCACCUUCUCUGAGCGGCGAUGUAGCCAUGCAUCAGAGGCAGCAUCAACUAUCGGACUCCCGCAGCUGUUUAACACAUGCGCAAACUGUUUGGAAACUAUUAACGAAGAGCAUCCGACUACGGAUGACAGCCCUCCGCAGAAUAUUCCUCUCUCUUUAGAGAUCUCCAUGAAAGAGAUGCUUCUUAAACAGGACAAUUUGUUGAAGAACGUUCGAAGGCUGGUGCAUUAUGUCAGAGAAAACGAGGCAAAUGAAAUAAAGAGAGAGGAAUGGAAACUGGUCGCCGCUGUUAUCGACGCUUGUUUCUUUUGGUUAUUCAUGUUGACAUUAAUCAUAUCUACACUAGCGAUUUUUCUACAAGCUCCAAGUUACUGAAAUCUCUAACUCAGAAAUAGCCUCUAGAUACGGCCUAGCCUAAAUCAGAGGACUUUUUUCCAAUAAUUGUUAUCCGGCAAACUAUUGCUAGACGUACCUACAUUUGAUUUAGACCUUGUUGUAAGAAGCACAGAUUUACCUUGUAAACCGGCUAUUUUUUCCCUUAGUAUCUAGAUGUUCGAAAUUUACAGCUUUAUUCUUUGAAGCAUUUCAAAAUUUAGGGAAAAGUCAUUUCUCAUGGCGUGAGUUCCCGUCAAUAAGAGUUUAUAGGGAC